GACGACAUCACACACUGGGGACUAGGAGAACAAUAUGGCGGAGAUCAUGUCCAUCAUCACAUAAACCACAAAGAGGUUCAGUCGGGGACAGACAGCAUAUGAAAUAUACUUGGUAGUUUUUUUUUAUACAAGUGACACUGUAUGGCAUCCAAAGUAAAAAUCAAGUCCUCUUACAAAAAUACUCUUUUUAACUGUGUAAACUUUGUCUCACUGGCAACCAAAGGCACUGUCUUUACUUCCCGCUCACGUGACACUUAAUGACUGCAAAUUCAAACCCCAACCACGUCCAAAUCAUUGUGUGAAUAAUUCAGACUCUAACCCCGUCUAAACCAUAAACCGGUCGAUUGUGACACCAAUACUGAGCUAAACCCCAAUGUGUGCCUUCUUUAUCAUUGUUCCCCAUGUGCUAACAUCGCUAAGACAGCUCCAAGGCUUUGGAGUGACGUUUCCUUGUCAGCAGCAUCGUUAGUCACGCACUCCAACUCCCUUCCUUUUCAUGAAGUACCGCAUCUCGCCACGGCAAAAGGCCGAGUCCCACAAAAUGCUUCCUUAUAAUAAUAAUAAAAAAAAACAAUCCCCGUAACAUAUACAUCAGGGAGCACCAACAAUGCCAUGACGUCCGAGAUAACCUGAAUCAGAACACUGUAAAAACCACGCCACGGAUAUAUGAAUGCAAACCUUUUUAUAAUGCCAACCAAAAAGGGAUACCCUGAUGACAGCAUUAUCCUGCUUGAGGUGAACAGAGAGAAUAAAGUAUGACAAUUCCUUAGGAGGAAAAAAAACAGGAGUGAGCUUAUAGGAGCGCAAAAAGAGCAACCAUGGCAGGUGAAAACCCGCAGGAAGGAGUGAAAACAGAAAACAACAAACACAUAAAACUGAAGGUAGAAGGUCAGAAUGGAUCUUUGGGGAGGGAAAAAAAAAAAAGACACAUGCCACUCAACAAACUCAUGAAGGCCUACGGCGAGAGACAGGGAUUGGUGAUGAGGCAAAUCUGGUUCAGACUCUAUGAACAGCCAAUAAAUGAAACAGACACACCAGAACAAUUGGAAAUGGAAGACGAAGAUACAAUUGAUGUAUUCCAGCAACAGCCCGGAGGCCUCUUUUAG